ACACCUUCACCAGGGUCAAAUUUCUUGGGUAAAUCAGAGCAGCCUCUUUGGGAAAAAGAUUUUGAGAGCGAAACACAAAGUGGAGUCCAUAGCGCAUCGCCGAGAAUCCCCUUCCCUGGAAUUAUAAGCUUUUUUACGGCCUGUUUCGCUUUCAGCAAUGACGACCAUGUGAGAAAAAGAGAGAACCAAAUAAGAAAAAUAAUCCACGCAUCGCUCGACUCGACUUGUAAAUGAAGUCAGCGGUACUUGAGUGUUGAAUGUGUCCAGUCGGCUGCGGAUCCCCGAGCAGAGACAGUUUCGGUGCGGCGGCAGCAGAGAAAGGCAAAGGCAGACGAGGAACGGGGCACCGACUCCAUUCGCAAUCCGGUUCAGCAUGAACCUGAUCGGGGGCUACCAGCACCACCACCACCACCACCUCAUGCACGAACCCUUCCCGUUCGUGCAGCGGUGCCACCAGGACGCGCCGUACUUCCAGAGCUGGGUGGUGAACCACGGCGAGGUCCCGGCGGAGUUCCAGCUGCAGGCGCCAGGCUACAACCCGGCCGCGGAGCUGGGCGCGCCGGGGGCAGCGCACGACGGCCGGCUGGAGGGGCUGCAGCCCGGCAUGCAUGGCAAGAGGAGAGCGUCGGGGCCGAAGAAGGAGCGCCGGCGGACCGAGAGCAUCAACACGGCGUUCGCGGAGCUCAGGGAGUGUAUCCCCAACGUGCCCGCGGACACGAAACUGUCAAAAAUCAAAACUUUACGCCUGGCCACCAGUUACAUCGCGUAUCUGAUGGACGUUCUGGCCAAAGACUCCGGGGAGACUGAGGGCUUUAAAGCCGAAAUUAAGAAAUUUGAAAGCCGUGAUUUGAAAAGGAAACGAGAGCUGACCGACGGCCUGCAGGAGUCCUUAGGCACCGAGAAGAAGGUGAAGGGCCGGACCGGGUGGCCGCAGCAGGUCUGGGCUCUGGAGCUGAACCAGUGACCUCCAGCCCAACCCCCCCAAAACCCCCCACCCCCUCCCAGGGAAACCCCCUCUACGGAUGGAAAUUUGAUUGAAUACACAAGAAAACACAAACGAUAAAAAAAAAUUAAACAAUAACACUGAUUGACCGAGGCUGAACACACCGCUGUGCAAGUGCAGUGAUGCGCAAAAACAGAGGGAAUGAAAGGACAACAUGGGCAAGAUGUGGAGAAGCGCUGGAAAAAAAACACCGAGCUGGACGCCCUGAUGCUCUUCUCUUCUCCACGCAAGCCGGUUUUUUUUUGUUAUUUUUGUUUUGUUUUUUGGUGUUUCAACCUCUCUAGAUGGAUGUUGACGUGGUUUCCAACAAAGAUCCCCUUCAUCAAAUCAAACCUUUUACCUGAUCCAACCAUGGUGCCGCUUCAGUGGCGUCAAUUCAGUCAAAGCUAAGGUAUGGCAAGGUUACGAGUCACAGAACUUAACUAGAGUAUCAAUCAACACGUCCAGCAAAUACUCAUCACAGAGUUCUGCUAUGUAGCUUAUCUGUAUGGUCAAGAAAAUUGGAACUUUUUCAAAUGCAGUCUCGCUCACUGCAAAAACUCAA